AUGACCCACGGUUGGGUCGACUCCCCAGACACGCGCGGCACGAUUGACAUCGUCUGGAGCUGCCUCGGCACGCUGUUCCUCUGCAGCUGGGGCGUGCUAUGUCUAAACGUGCCCGCAGCUUCAGAUGGGUACUGGCGCAUCCUUGGCCGAAAGCUACGUUGGAUGUGUCUGGCGAUCUACGGGCCUGAAUUCAUCCUCACGUCUGCCAUGGGGCAAUGGUACCCAGCACGAGCGUCCGUGCGGGCUUUUCGGUUGCUGGGCCACGAGGAGUGGACGUUACGCCAUGCCUUCUUUGCGGAUAUGGGCGGCGUCGCGCUGGCUAUGCCUGAUGGUGCACUGGCGCCUGUUAAUGCCUAUCAGCUGCUUUACCUGGUUAAGGAGGGUUAUACGCCGAUGCCUCAGAUCCCCCUCCAGGCAAUCAACGACAAGGAUAAAGCCAACGGGUUCGCGAGGCUGAUCGUCGUCCUGCAAACGGUGUGGUUCGUGUCGAAAUGCAUUGGGCGCGCGGCGCAAGGUCUGGCCAUUACAACAUUCGAGCUCACGACGCUGGCCUUUGUCUUCUGUACGCUGGCGACCUUCUUCUGCUGGCGGCACAAGCCGCUGGACGUCGACACGCCGAUCGUGUUGCAUAUCAGCACGAUACCUACGGAACCGCAUCAGAGGCACGGGAGCCCUGACCCCGAGCGCUCCGCCUUCUCCUUCUGGGAUCUUCCGGACACCGAACACGUAUACUACAUCACCACCGUCCUGCAGCACCUCGGCUUCGGCCCUCCCACCGCGGAGCACACGCGCCGGUAUCCAACCCGCCUGCCCAACGACCGCCUCCCGCUAACCUUCGACACGCCGACCUUCGCCGUGCUGCUCACCCUCGUCUCCGUAUACGCCGCUAUGCACCUCGCGGGCUGGAACUUCGCGUUCCCGAGCCCAACCGAGCGCGUCCUGUGGCGCAUAUCGAGUAGUACCAUGUUCGGCGCCAUCGUCGUCUUCUGGAUCAUCGACCGCGCGGCGAUGUGGUACCACAACUCGCCCCUCAGCAUUGCUACGACUAGAGACAGCAGCCGGAGCUUCCACAGGAUCUUCUCCUCCAACAACACCCAGCUGCCUGCGAAUGCUCGCCUGCACGCCCUACCCCCAGCCGGCGCCGCCAUCGAAGCAGAUGUGGAUGUGGGCGUGCGGAAAGUCCAGCACUACUUCUCCGCCAUCGACUCCUCGCCCUGGAUGGCACUCACGCUCGGCUUGAUUGGUAUGGCAUACUCGGUUGCGAGGCUGUAUCUGCUGAUUGAGUGCUUUGUCGGGUUGCGGGCCCUGCCGGCAAGCGCGUUCGAGGAGGUGAGGUGGGCGCAGUUUCUGCCGCAUUUGUAG